GAAUCCCUCCGUCGAAGACUUGACGAUCUUAAGGAUACAAUUAUUGACUAGCUUGAAAGCGAUGGCUAAAUAGUAAACAGCCGAAGAAUCCCAGAAAGGACCCCUCAGCGUCGCUGGGAGGGAAACGACCAGGCCGCGAAAUCCCCCGGCCGGUGACUUCGAGAUGCCAGCCACAAGCGACAAAAUCACUGUUGAUAAUCUCUAUCAUGUCGGGUUACUGGAGCUAACUUUUCGUUCGGGGCAGGGAAUUUCAGCCACUCAGCGAGGGGCAACCAACUAGCUGGUUGCUCUCUCGUUUUUUGAGCGUACGCACAAUAUGCUGCUUCAACUACGGAGUACUGGCCAUUUAUUUCCCGUAGCAAGUCGUCAUCGAUCAUUGCUCAAGUGCGGCUUGGGUGCAAGGAAGAAUCCUGCAGUUGGCUUGCUCAAAAUGAGUAUCUCUUUUCCUUUCACAACUGCUCUCUCACUUACCGAACGCUCCCGAGUCACGAACUGAUGAAUGAACGGUAUCUCAAAGGCGCAUUUCCUCUUAACUUGAUAAGACGCGCGUGAUAUGGAAUAUCACUCCCCAAGUGAUUUUUAUGAUUUUUAUACGAAUUGCUUUUUCUCCCAUUGGCUUGAACGCUUUUUUCACUAGUCAAUGUGGACGAAUAAUAUUCAGUCCUUCAACCCUCGCCUUGACAUUUUCCAAGAUUCUCGCCUCAUCCUUUCCGACCAACAGGGAGCGGAAAGCCGUCGGGACUCACCUUGCUUGCACCUUGCUAUGAACUAAGUUAGCUCCUGCUGGGAUACUUAUCCUGGGAGACACCAUUUCAUACUUUCUUGUUGGUGCCUCCUUAACCCCUCCCCGCGCAAAGUCCACUGGUGGACACAUGAGAUAGACAGAGAUUCAGAAAUUGAAAAGUCUUGCGAAUGCCUGCCAAAAUCUCACACCGAGAGGACCGGCUCACCCCCCUUUUCACUCACCCCCUCGAUAAAUGCGGGGUGCAGAAUACGACGGAACUGAUCGCAGUGAUCCACAGAUCAGAGGACUCGGGGUUCGGAAGGCGACGUCGCCAGAGGCUGAGGUGGGAAGCAAGAUCAACGGUGAUCAACUUUCCCAUAAAAAACGGUUUUGCGACUCAGACGAAGAGGGAUUUCGCGCAAACGGCUCUCGUAUGAUGUGUCUGUCUGACACUUUAUCAUUUUAAGCGGGGAAAACGCGGCUGACAUCCCUCCUCCAAAAACUCUAAUCCAGUCUGGACAGUUUUACUUACUUUUAUUACAUGAGAAAUCGAGGUCUUAUGGACCCACGAUGAAAUCAGAAUAAGCCUUAGUCGUGACGCUGGCGACAAACUGGCCGGAUCCCGCAACCCAGGCUAUCGGGUAUGGAGCCUUUUUGGUUUCAUUUUGUGUUCUGAGAUGGUCCAUAUCGAGCUCCGUCGGGUCAGAUCAUAGCGGAUGCAUGGCUGGAACAUUUUUUAUUUUGGCUUUUGGCGUUUUUUGGUUUCUGGCAAGGGAACCGCUCAGGAAGCGAGGGCAACACAAGCAUGGGCUUACCCUUUUGAUAAGGAUGUGGAAACUGUUGAGUGCGAAAGAAGAGCAAUAAUGUCUCUUCCGGGUCAUGGCGACUCCCGCAUAGAAGGAAGGAAGCGUAGCCUCACUAUGCAGGGAAAUGCAAGUCACCGUCCUGCAAUUUGUUUAUUUAUUCUUGUUCUGUGCGCUGUUUGUGAGAUGAGGAACUUAGUUUUCGGAGAGGAAAAUGACUUUUUGCUUGCUUGGUACUUUCUUUGCUAUUUCUAUCAUGAUCGUGAAGCGAAUCAAUCAACCUUCCAAACCUCUUGUCACGCAGAUGGUGGAUGCAUUUUUCUUAAUAUAUCUAUCUAUCUAUAUAUAAAAGUAUAAAAAUCAAAUUGGUAAUGAGCAC